AUGACUGGUACACUCAGCACGCUGGACAUCUCCAACCUGGGCAGCUCUGAUGAGCGGAUAGCAGCACGGCGGUCCCGAGCAGAGACAAAGCUGAAGCAGGACAAGGAGGAAGCAGAAGGAAAGAAGACGAAGAAGGAUGAUGCCGCGGAGCAGGUUUCCCUUGGCAAAGAGCAGUACGGAAAGUCAGUGGCAGAGCUCGAGCGAUUCCGCACUGAAACCUGGGAUGAGCUCACCAGCAUACGCGUCCGCUUCGAUGACCAGGAAAACCAAAGGCGAAUCGUGGAGGAGAACAACCGCCUCGACAGGUAUGAGGCCUUGCAGAUUGAAGCUGUGACCAGCGGCCGCAAGAAUGCGGCCAUUGAGAUGAAAUGGGCUGACCUCCUGAACAUGGACAUCCCCCAGGAGCUGAAUGACCAGCUUCAGUUUCAAAAGAGUGCCUGCAGGCAGAUCAUCGAAUCAAAGGACAGGCGCAUUGAGGAUUUCAAGACAGAGUUGAAGAACAAAGAUGAGGAGUACAUUAAGAUGCUGAAGCAGCAGAGCUUGGACAUCACUACAUUAAUCUCCAAGAUGCGCGAGCAGUACCACUCCUUGAGGCAACACUACGAGCAGCAGUUGGAGGAUAUCGAACAAGCCUUCGAGGAGGAGAGGAAGGAAAUGCUCCAGAAGAAUAAAGCAGAAAUCGAGGCUCUCUUCGAAAAGCGCCGCCAAAUGGAGGAGAAUGAGUUCCUGGAAAGACGGCAGGAGCGAGAGAGGGGCUUUCAGCUGCAGAUUGAUGAGUUGCGAACGGACAACGCAGACAGCUACAACAAGUGCAAGAUCGCCUUGGAGAAAGGGAUUCAGGAGUUGGAGCAGCAUUUGGAGAAGAUGCUUGCAACUUACUUGCUCAACAAGGAAAAGUUGGAGUACAAUUUGCAGGUCCUAUCAGAGCGAAACAAAGAGCAUACUGCUAUCCAGUCUUCCUACAAAAAUCGCUUGAAUCGGCUCCGGGAGACGCUGAACACGUUGAUGAGCCGCUACAACACCUUGGAUCAGAAGUACAAAACACACAACCACGAGCUCACAGAGGAGUACAAGCGCUUGACAAAGCAGUUCAAGGACCUGCAGGAGAAGUUUCAGCAUUUCGAGCAGGCGGAUGAGAAGAAAUUCCGAGAGGUUUGGGAGAUGAAUGAGGCGGAGGUUCGCGGCCUCAUGACGAAGGUACUCGAGGCGGAUCGGCUUUUGCACGAGCAGCAGCUAGGCCAUGAAUGGGUUCCUCCCAAGGAGGAACUGCUGCAGCAGGAGCUUGAUACCUUCUCCGAGUCCGGCACCACCACUGGCAAAAGCACAGCGCUGGAAUCUGCUGAGAUGGGCCAAUCAGACAGCGGCAAGUUCUCCGCCACGAAGGUGAAGAAGGUGCUGGAUCUCAUCAAGGAUGAGACUCAGUUCUUGUUGGACAUGAAGGUCCGAGACCAGUUGGCGGAGCUCCCCCCGGAACAACGGGACGUGCUCCAGAUUGAUGCUUUGCUGCGGUACAUCGGCGUGGAGGGUCAGCAGGAUGUCGACUUGCUGGUGCAGGUGUUCUACCAUGGGCAGGAGGAGGAUGACGAGGCGCUGAUGGUGGAGCCGGACGACGUGCUGCAACUCCUGAAGAACUUCAUCCAGGAGAAGGAGAAUGCUCGUAUUGCAGAUGUCGCACCAGACAAGAAAAAGAAGGCGCGCACCCAGCAGCUGGGCAGCGAGAGCGAGGCUGACCGGAAGGCACGGAGGAGGCGCGAGGAGCGGAAGUUCUGGGAGCGCAUGGGCCACGUCAUCCCCGACAUGAACUUCCGCGUCUGGAAGGCGCUGGACGUCUUCUUGAAGCGCUACUACGAUUUGCUCCAGAAGCGUAGCAAGGCUAUUGACUCUGCAGUUGCCAUGCAAAAGCAGAACGAGGAGCUCAAGGCAUUGCUGGACCAGUACCUUGGCUCCAAGGUCAACGAGGAGUUGCAAGUGCCGCCAACACACGUGAUCACCGUUGUUUCCCAACCGUAG